AUGGGGGAAGAGGAUUACCAGAACGAAGGUGGGUGCCCACGGAAGAGGUGGACAUUGGAACAACUGAAAAAUGGAAACACAUUUUUGUCGAUGCAAGCUGCGACCAACAAAUUCGACUCCCAGGCUGGAAUGACUGCUCCUGGAAUGCCACGAUGGAACAUCGUCCGGGACAAACAGCUAGGGUAUAUCGAACCGGAUCGUCGUUCGGAAAAUGUCCUCCGUGUCCAAUGCGGUACCAACCAGUAUGCCUCACAGAAAGGUGAAACUCCCAUGGGAGCUACACGUUGCCAGGUCCCCAAAGUCACCUACAAGAAGGAUUGGGAGACGGUACUGGACAAAGAAGGUGAGAAAAUCAUUCCAAAACAGGCUGGCGAUUAUGGACUUGCUACCCAAGCAGGAGAGGUUUCAAUGGGCGCUCACAGGAACCAAGUACCAAAUGUUCGGGGACGUUUGCCACACGAUCGCCGUACUCAUGGUGUCCUUGUUUUCCAGAAUGGAACAAAUAUUUUUGCUUCACAAACUGGAAUGACUGCACCACCUGGUAUUGGAGCUGUUCGACAGGCAACUCAACGAAUUGAAGGUCUUGACAUGACGGAAGAUCAGCAACGUCGUGGUACAGAAUACAUUCCAUGGUAUUCUGGACAGAAUAAAUUUGCAACACAAGCUGGUAGUGGAGGAUUCUUGAAAGUUCGAGAUGUCAUAGGAGGAAAAGAAAUAGACGACGAGCUUAAGCAGAAGAUCGAGGAAUAUGAAGCAGCGCUGAAAGAAUGGGAGGAAUCAAAACCACCAGGAAGUGCAUCGAGUGUCGACCCAUUCGGACAUUAUAAAAAGAAGUUCGAAGACAGAGAAAUAGAGAAAGAGGUACAUUUUUGA